AUGGAGCACUCCGUCCGGUCGGCUUUGCCUGCGGUCUUUUCCCCAGCCAAGCAACCAUCGGCCCCUUUUGCUCCCAGCCACGGUUCGGCCGCUGGGAGCCAGAAACCCACCGUCGCCGGCGAGCCGUUUGCAGAGCGCCAUGCUCGUGUCGACCACCAUGACGCGGCCGGGGAAAAGUCCCCAUUUCGUCAUUUGGUCUUUGAUCCCGGCAGCUUAGAUCGUUCCAGACUGAGGCCACGCCACAAGCACAAGCACAGCAAAUCGCGGGAUGCCCGUCUGCCUCGAAUCAUGAACCCCAUGAGCUCUUCGUCUGCGGCUAAGGGCUUGCUGCCAGCAUGGCCCGGCGGAAGGGAAAAAGAGAGCGACGUCGAUGACGGCUUGCUUCGGCCCAUUACGCGGGAAUCGACGCGGUCGGGCUGGGGACCAGAGUACCCGGCAGGCUUCGGCGUGGGCGCCAGGAAAGGAAGCUUGUUUGAUGAUAUCGAUCAGAAUAGCAAGCUUGGUCCGGUGAGAGGGCGGGAGAUUCGUUCGCCGGAGGAUUUAGAGCUGAUAAACGAGAGAAGGACCCAUGGGGAAAAAUUCCUACGGUCUGCCCUGUCAUUGAUUGGGACCCUCGCAACAGACAUCACUCGCCGCCUAGACUACACCUACUACAAUUUACUCGAGAAAAUCGCGGCUCUCACCUCCACGAUUGCUUCGUUUCAAGAACUAUUCGAAUCCACCUCAGCCCUCUUCGAUGACUUCGAAAAGGAGACCACGAGCCUGGGCCAGGAAAUUCGGAAGCAGAUCUUGGAGUUUAAAGAGUUCCGACCUCAGGUGCAAAAGAUCGAGGCUCUGGAACAACGUAUGAAAGCGGGAAGAACGAGGGCCGACGCACUGAACGAAAGGCUUGAAGUGAUGCGAGCCAAGAUUGAUUGCUGGGAAAAGAGGGAGGUGGAAUGCCAAAGAAGAAUCAACCGAAGUCUUCGAGUUUUCUGGAUCGUUGUGACGACCGGCUGCGUCGCCGUCUUCAUGGCUUUGAUUGCCCAAAGCUGGAGGAUGGAGUCAUCGGGGCUUGGAAGUCUAGACCAGACGGCGAUACCAGCCCUCAACUCGUCGCGCCCUCUACUCCAGGGACAAGAGGAAGGGCCCUCGUGGUCCUUGUAUCCAUCCGGGCUGAGUGAUCGAUAUUCAAAUAUCCAAGAUCGCCAGUCUCCGAGGCCAGCCAGCACACCCGCGUCCACCAUCUUAGAUGUGGGCGCGCAGCCGACCGAUCGAGAUCCUCUGAAAUCCCUGGAAGAACUCUGAUUGACACAGUUCACGACUGCUUCGCACACCCCCUUGGAUCCAUCGGCAUCAAGUUGGAAAUACCCGAGUUUCUAUCAUUUUACCUGUAACAUAUAGCGUCAUGAUACCCCACGUGAAAGGAACAUUAUAGACUGUAGCUUGCUUAUGCACUGACAGCCAUUCCAGAUUGUUUAUAUUCGAUUAGCUUCCUCCCUUCUUCUUUUUGUCCUCAAUGAUCUCAAUAUUC